AUGGUUUUUUUUCGGUCGACGAUCUCAAAUUCAAUCCGGCCGCCGCCGAUCCGGCUCUCUCUAUAUCAGUCGUUUUUACUCGUGUAAUCGUGUUGUGCCUAAUAAUAUUUUAUUGCUAAAUUUACAAGUAUCAGUAUCAUCGUUUUAUGUUAAUUGGCUUUAUAGGUCGUUAUUAUCUUUAUUAUUAUCAUCGAUAUAGCGUGCAAGUAACUAUGGAGUUACAAUGUAAAAUUCAAACAUAUGACUGGGGUAAACUUGGUUCUGAGAGCACAGUGGCAAAAUUAGUAGCCAGUAAUGACCCUAACUUCGUGGUAGAGCCCUCCAAACCCUAUGCUGAACUUUGGAUGGGCACACACCCCAAUGGUCCUUCUUUAAUUAUCGAAAGAGACAUCUUACUGUCAGAGUAUUUGAAAAAUAAUCAUGAUGCUGUUGGAAUCCUAGUCAAAAAAAAGUUUGGAGUCACCAUCCCUUUUCUUUUAAAAGUGCUAUCCAUAAGAAAGGCCCUGUCGAUACAAGCUCAUCCAAACAGAGAAAAUGCGGAAAAGCUCCACAAAGAGUUUCCAGACUUGUACAAGGACCCCAACCAUAAACCAGAGUUAACAGUAGCUCUGACGCCAUUUGAAGCCCUAUGCGGUUUUAGAUUGUUGACUGAAAUAAAAGAAUAUUUAGCAAAAUUGCCUGAACUGACCCAAGUGUUGCCAAAGGAGAGUGUAAGCGCGUUACUUACAAAUGAGGAACAUGGAGACAGUGACAGAGUACUGAAGAAAGUGUUCCACGAGCUAAUGAUAUGUGACAAGGCAGCUAUUGCAAAUGCCUUGAAGAGUUUCCUUAAGAGAUUAGAAAAUGAAGAUGCAGAGACUAAAACAUUUCUUCUAUAUGAUUUGAUAAAGAGGCUUCACAAUGAUUACCCUGGUGAUGUUGGAUGUUGGGCGCCUUUCUUCAUGAACUACUUGCAGUUGCGACCGGGUCAAGCUAUCUUUCUCAAGGCCAACUUACCACAUGCUUAUUUGAGCGGAGAUUGCGUGGAAUGUAUGGCCUGCUCCGACAACGUGGUGCGCGCGGGUCUGACACCGAAACACAUCGACGUGUCCACUCUAGUGGAUAUGUUGGACUACAGCAGCUACUCCAUACAGCAACUGUUGUUCCAGCCUCAAAUAGAAGACGGUAACACUUGCAUAUGGCGGCCGCCCGUGCCUGACUUCGCGCUUGUUAAAAUUCGGGUGGAAAGCUCCUCGGAGCCGUACAACACAGUGGUCCGCGCGUCGCCCAGCGUCCUCAUUGUGACGUCCGGCGCCGGCCGCGCCGCGGACUGCGAGCCGCUGCGCGCGCGCCCCGGCCUCGUGCUCUUCCUCAAGGCCAGUCGCCAGCUCACGCUCACUCCCGACGAGGGCAACCAUCUUGAGGCCUACCAGGCUAUAUGCAACGUCUGACUAUACAUUAUAAUAGGACUAUAAUACAUCUGUUUGACAAUACCAUAUAUAGGUGGCAAUAUUUAGUCUACAUGCUCAGUCCAUGAUUCUGGACAACAUUUAGUAUGGGAGUAACACCGAAAUAGCGAAAAACAAAUCAGCCCUUAUAUACAAAGGUUUUUUCCAUACGAAAAGUUGUUCAGUACCAUCGACUGAACUGAGCAUGUAAACAAAAUAAUGCCAAUGUAUAAGAAAUCAUCGUGUAUACAUUUGACAAUAUCAUAUACGUCUGAAAAUAGAUUAUAAAGGCAAAGGUCGUGGUGUUCCUCAAGGCCAGUCGAGAGCUCACUCGCACCGGAUGAAGGCAGUCAUCUUGAGGCGCACCAGGUUAUUUGCAAUAUCUGAAGAAGUUCCUAUUUUGAGGUAUGCUUCAAGAUUGUUUCUCUUGUUCAUAGCCAUGUGCUACUAUAACUUUAGUUAUUUUACAUAUUUCUUCAAUAUUGUCCUUUCUUCGACAGAAGACAUUUUUCAUUCACCAUUUAGUAGAGCCAGAUGUUACAUAUCAUAUGCAUACGUUCACAACCUAUGUUUUUAAUUACAUUUUAGAGUAUAACAGACAGACAUAGGACAUUUUUGUGAGUUUGAUUUAUAAGUUUUUUUUUUAAUUUUUGAAAACUUAUAAUGUGCCAGUUUUUUAUACAAAAGCAGAGUCUUCCUGUGACAUUUUUAAAUGUGGAUUUAUAAAUAUGAUAUUGAAGCUAGCUCAUUAUUAUGUGCUUUUCAACUUCGUUCUAUGGAGUGUUUUCUUGUUAUAUUUUGAUUUUACGAAUUAAGUUCCUAACAUACAUGUUUUAUAACAGCAUGUAUGACAUAAUUUUCCUUACAAUAUCUAUAUUAUAAUCAUUAAAAAAUUAAGUUUAAGUACAUUAAUUAUAUUUUAUCACUAUCAAUUUUAUGUUUUUUUCCGCAAAUAGUUUUAAGUCAGGAGCUAUUUUUUAAUAGUAAUAAAUACUUAGAUUAAUACUGUAUAUUCUAUACAGUAUAGUGUUGUAUAUUCAAAUAUUUUAAUUAA